AGCAGGGUGGCUCCAGUGAUCCAGCUGACCCUGAAAAUAUGGUGGCUUCUGGGAUGCAACAUCUGGACCUAUCCUGGCUGGGACUGGGGCCCAUGUCAGCCUCACCAUGGCUUCUCUUUGUCUUGGUUGUGGCUUCCUGGCUCUUGGCCCACUGCCUCAUCCAGAUCUUCACUUUGUAUGGAAAGUGUCAUCGUCUCCGUGGUUUCUCUCAGCCACCCAAGAGGAAUUGGUUUUGGGGUCACUUGGGCAUGUCCCCUCCCACGGAACAAGGCAUGAAGGAGAUGACUGAGCUGGUGGCCACCUACCCCCAGGGCUUCAUGACCUGGUUAGGUCCAAUGAUUCCCCUUAUCCAUUUGUGCCACCCUGACGUCAUCCGGUCUGUCCUCAGUGCCUCAGCUGCUGUUGCCCCAAAGGACGCCAUCUUCUACAGCUUCCUGAAACCCUGGCUGGGGGACGGGCUCUUGCUGAGUGCUGGUGACAAGUGGAGCCGCCACCGUCAUAUGCUGACACCCGCCUUCCAUUUCAACAUCCUGAAGCCCUAUGUGAAAAUUUUCAAUGACAGCACCAACAUCAUGCAUGCCAAGUGGCAGCGUCUGGCCUCAGGGGGCAGCGCCCGUCUGGACAUGUUUGAGAACAUCAGCCUCAUGACCUUGGACACUUUGCAGAAAUGUGUCUUCAGCUUUGCUAGCAACUGUCAGGAGAAGCCCAGUAAGUAUAUCGCUGCCAUCUUGGAGCUCAGUGCCCUAGCUGUGAAAAGAAAUGAGCAGCUGCUUCUGCACGUGGACCUGAUCUACCGCCUCACACCUGAUGGAAUGCGCUUCUAUAAGGCCUGCCGCCUGGUCCAUGACUUCACUGAUGCAGUCAUCAAGGAGCGACGUCGCACUCUGCCCAGUCAUGGCAGUGAUGAUGUCAUCAAGGCCAAGGCCAAGUCCAAGACUUUGGAUUUCAUUGAUGUGCUGCUGCUAAGCAAGGAUGAAGAUGGAAAGGAGCUGUCAGAUGAGGACAUCCGAGCUGAGGCUGACACCUUCAUGUUUGAGGGCCAUGACACCACAGCCAGUGGGCUCUCCUGGGUCCUGUACAACCUGGCGAGGCACCCGGAAUACCAGGAGCGCUGCAGGCAGGAGGUGCGGGAGCUGCUGAGGGGCCGAGAGCCUGAGGAGAUUGAAUGGGACGACCUGGCCCAGCUGCCCUUCCUGACCAUGUGCAUCAAGGAGAGUCUGCGGCUGCAUCCCCCGGUCACAGUGAUCUCCCGCUGCUGCACCCAGGAUGUUGUGCUCCCAGAUGGCCGGGUCAUCCCCAAAGGUGUCAUCUGCAUCAUCAAUAUCUUUGGAACCCAUCACAACCCAACUGUGUGGCGGGACCCUGAGGUCUACGAUCCCUUCCGCUUUGAUCCAGAGAACAUCCAGGACAGGUCACCUCUAGCAUUUAUUCCCUUCUCGGCAGGACCCAGGAACUGCAUAGGACAGACUUUCGCCAUGAACGAGAUGAAGGUGGCGCUGGCGCUCACGCUGCUGCGCUUCCGCGUCCUGCCGGACCACAAGGAGCCGCGCCGGAAGCCGGAGCUGAUCCUGCGCGCAGAGGGCGGGCUGUGGCUGCGGGUGGAGCCGCUGGGCGCAGGUGCACAGUGACCCAUCCACUUUGCCCCGACUUCCUACUAGGUAGAUAGGCUUGAGUCCGCCUUUGUAGGUUGCAAAGCACAAACUGUGUUGUCACCCUGCAAGCAGGGCCUGUAAGGAAUCCAUCCAGUGGCCAGGGUGGUUGAUUUGAGCCAAAGAUCCCUGACUUCCUCGGGAUGAUCACAGGCUCCUAUGGUGAGGGUUCAUUCUCUAGCCAAGCUGCACUACUUUGGGCAAUAGGGAGCUAAGGUGAGGUGACUGAGCAGGUGAGGGACAAGGAUGAAGGUCCAAACAGACUCGGAUUCUCAGAGGGCAAACCUUUCAUUAAAACCACCUUGAUCCCUCUUCUAAUCUCAUAUGCCCACCUUCUCUCACCUUGGAAUUCUGAUUCUGUGGAUUCUAAGUUUCUAUGAAUAUUAAA